GACCCGUGGAAUCCAUCCCGAGCGAGGCGUGCGACGCGUGCGUGCUCUCGCUCUCGCGACAGCGGCGGCGCCGGCGAUUCAAGCGGAAGGGACGGCGGCGGCGACUCGACGGUGGGCGGCUGGAGGAGGAGAGCUCCUCGACGAAGCGGACGCCACCCUUCCUCGACACGGACGCCGCCACGGAGCCCGAUCAAAUCCCUAGCCGCAGGCUCAAGAUCUGCCCUUCCCCGCCUCCGACGCCGGCCGGUAGAAGUUUUUGAAUGGCUUUGAGAAUUACGGAUCGGAUUAGGAAGAGAGAGGAGGAGGAAGAGGAGGAAGAGGAGGAUGAUGAUGAUAUGAUUCUAUUUCUUUUACCAAUGCUGCAUCUGCUGGGUGAACCAAGGGAAAAAAAGCCCCGCCAUACAUCGACGAUAAGAGGCGAGGAGGUUGUAAGGGACUUGCUGGAAGGGCACGUACAAAAUUGUCGGGUAGCAUUUAGGAUGGAGGCCCACAUCUUCAGGGCUUUGGCUAGUUUCCUUCGACGCGAGAGAUUGGUGCGUGAUACCAGACUUAGCGUCGAAGAGAAACUUGCAGCCUUUCUGUGGAUGUUGUCCCAUAAUUCCUCAUACCAGGAUCUCCAAGUACAGUUCAAGCAUAGUAAUGACACUUUCCAUAACAUCAUGAAUAACUUCUUCAACAUCGUUCCUGCACUAUCCAAACACUUUCUGAAGCCUCCCAAUCCAGCUCAAGUACACCCAAAGAUCCGGAACAACCCAAGAUUCUUUCCUUAUUUUCAGAAUUGUCUUGGAGCUAUUGAUGGGACUCAUGUUCCCAUGAACAUUAAUGGUGACAUAGCCACACCAUUUAGAAAUAGGAAGGGAACACUCAGCCAGAACGUGAUGGUGGUGUGUGACUUUGACCUGAACUUCACAUUCAUUUCUUGUGGUUGGGAGGGCUCUGCGACUGAUGCUAGGGUUCUUAGGUCAGCAAUUCGCAAAGGGUUUAGAGUACCUGAGGGCAAGUUCUAUCUUGUGGACGGUGGGUACGCAAAUACUAAGUUCUUUCUUGCUCCGUAUCGUGGUGUUCGAUACCAUUUGAAGGAGUUUGGCCGUGGUCACCGAGCACCACAAAACUACCAAGAACUGUUCAAUCAUCGCCAUGCCGUGAUACGGAAUCAUAUUGAACGGGAUUUGGGAAUCUUAAAGAAGCGCUUCCCCAUUCUCAAGGUUGGAACACAUCACACAAUACAAAACCAAGUCAAGCUACCGGCUGCUGCUGCAGUGUUGCAUAACAUCAUCCGUAUGCACAAGGGGGAUGAGAGUUGGUUAGAUAACCAAAGAGAACUCAUACCUGCAGCAAACUAUGUUGACCUACCUGAUGGUGACCCCCCACAAAAUCAUCAAGUCAACCAUGAAGGCGACAACCUUAGAGAUACCAUUGCGCAACAAAUGUGGGCAGAUUACCGACGUUAAGUAGUGAUGUAAUAAAGUAGUGACAUCUGAACUUAUUUGAUGUAAUAGGGUACCAGACUUUAACUUCUUCUGUUUUGCAUCUUGUUCGAUGUAAUAAAGUACCAGACUUGAACUUCUUUUGUUUUGCAUCUUGUUUGAUGUAAUAAAGUACCAGACUUGUUUGAUGUGAGA